UUUGCAAGGAAAGGAGUUGAGUCAAUCUGCUACUAGCCUACUGCCAACGGUAUAGUCCUGUGUGGGAUGGGUGGUGAGGACGACUAUAGAUUCAUGGCCAUAGAAGAUGCCAUGGCCUCACUCAACCAAAAAGUUAACAUCAUCGGCGUUGUAGUGGAAAUGGGCAUGCCUAAGCGGUCCAAAGGAACUGAUUGUUUUUGUACUGUAAAGAUAGUUGAUCAAUCACACAGGAGUUCUGGGAUAUCUGUUAAUGUUUUUGCUGAAAAUAUGGAAAAGCUUCCACAUGUCGAGUCAGCUGGAGAUAUUAUUCAGUUUUCCCAUGUAGUGAUGAAGACUCAUGGUCAGGAUGUAAAUGCUGUUUUCAACAAAAAAUUCUCUUCAUUUGCCAUCUUUGAAGGGAAAUAUGGUGAAGAUUUCAGUCCUUAUCAAGUUUCUUCAAAUUUCCGCCCUAGAGACCAGGACAAGAAGUUUGUAAAAGACUUGAGAAAAUGGUUGGCUGAUUCUGAAAUUGAUAAAGGGAUGAAAGAACCCCUGUCGUUGAGAGAGAUCAGGGAAGGAGAACGUGUUGAUUUGUUUUGUAAGAUUCUUCAUAUCUGUGAAGUCACUAAAGAUGAGUGGAUAAUCUUUGUUUGGGAUGGAACUGAUACUCCUCCAGUUAGUGUCCAGACAGUGCUGGAAGAUGAAAUGGACAAUCCACUUCCUUUACAAUUGGAGUCUUUGCCUUUAAGUAGAGAUAUUUUGUGUACAUUUCCUACUGUGGGAACUAUAUUAAGGGUGAUUGUUGAUCAAGGCAGUGAGAAGCUUAGCCUCCACUUACUAAAGGUUGGAAAGUGGGUGAGAUUUCUCAAAAUAAUCUGUGAAGUGCAAGCAGGAUUGUGGCGUGGUGUGUUGAUGCCUUCAACAAAGCUUCGAUAUAUGCCAGAUGCUGACCUUCUUGUAUCACAACGGCAAAGAUUUUAUGAUGAGCGGCUGUCUUCAAAAUGGGAGCGGAUGCCAUUGUCAAGCUUUCCUUGGCCUUCUCGUAUCACAGAGACUGAUUAUGAGCAUGUGCCAGUUGUUACAUUGAUGGAUGUUGUCACCCAUUCAGAGGUAACAGCUAAAUUCAAGUGUGUAGUUCGAGUUGCAGCAAUAGUUCCUUGGCGUGCAGAGGACUUCUGCUCUCCUCCUGGAACAUAUAGGACGAGGUUGACUCUGGAGGAUCCAACUGCCAGAAUCCAUGCUUUUGUGCAUGCUGAAGAUGGGGUAAUAAUAUGAUCUUGCCAGUUUAAUUUACAUUCUCUAAUUUAAAGAUCACAAGAUACAACGACAAUUAAAAGUUCCAGGUACAAAAAAUCGUUCAUUCAAUAUUACUUUCUCAUUUGCUUUCCUUGUGUCAUGCUUGUGGAUUUAAGCCUGCUAUGCUUGUCACAACAAAUUCAUAUAUAUAUCUUUUUUAUUUCAACUAGUGUGACACCUGUUUGUAUUCUCCCUCUUAUUGCAUAAGCAACUAGGGCAAAUUUCAAAUUCAUUUUCCAAGAGAACAUUUAGUGCAUUGUUUGAAAUGCUGUAAUAGGGAACGAAAAUGAGAAAUUUAUUGUCUUUCAUGCAUUACCACAUUUGGAUUACUUAUGAUUAGAAAUAAAAAGUACAUUCUUAUUGGAGUCAAAACCCGCUCUUAUUAGGAUUUUGAUUUCUUUCUUCAACUAUUCCUGUACUUAUUUAAGUGCACCAAACACAACCUUGGAUAUGUUUAGAAUGUUGGAAUAGGGAAUGAGAAUGAAUUUCCAUUCCCUAUUUAUUAUUGCUUUUAGAUCACUUAUUAUUAGUAGGAAUAAGAAAAAAAAUUCAUUCUGGAAAAAUUUAGGACCAGAUAUAUGAAUAUACAUUUUCUUAACUGUAAUAGAUGAAAAAGCACAGUUACAAAGCUCCUUUUAGAAUUGCUUUUUAACAAUUUCCUUUGUAUCUUUUGGAGUUUGCCCUUGCUCAAUUUGCUCAACGGUGUACAUGGUUAGUCAUUUCUUUCAUCUUUGUCCAUGGUAGGAGAAGUUUUUUGAGGGUUAUCCCCCAGUUGAUGUGUUGAAAAGGAAACGAAACAAAUUGCUGGGCAUAGCUGAAAGCGAUGACGGCAAUGAAAUCAAUAAUGCUCCCAGAAAUCCACCAUGGGUGCAGUGUUGCAUUAAGUCGUAUUACCUUGUAAAGGGUGAUGUUUGGGGCAGUAGGAGGUAUCGAAUCUUUGGCACCAGGCUGGUAACGUAAGAGUUUUAUGACCAUGGUUAGAUGUGUAGCUUACCUUUUUUCCUUCUCUUUUUGUUUUCCCCACAAUGUACAAAGCAGUUCCACUGCAUGUGUAAAUUUUGUCCAUGGACCCAAAAAAAAAAAAACAAUUUGUAGAAUGAUGAAUUUGUCAUCAAAGUGGUAGAAAUAGGUUUUGUUUGUUUGGUUCCAAUUUUCAAGAAAAGUUGGAGA